GGACAUCGAUGAUCACAAGCAAAAACUAAAAGAGAGAAAGAGAGAGGCUUGGGGUGGCGGGGUAUGCUAUAUAGCAGCUAGCUUUAAUUGUCAUAUAUACAAUAUUCUCUUCCCGGCCGGAGCUGUGUCCCAUGGCUCUCCGACGCAAAGAAUCCACAUUUAUACUUAGCCAUUUCUUCUUCGAAACUAUGAUCCUAUGUCAUGUGUUCAUGUCAGCAGCAUCAUCUAGUGCCACAGCGGCGGGGCUCCCACGAUUCCAACACGCCGCCAAACAAGACGGCUCUCUCAGCGUCUUGGUUCUAGGAGACUGGGGUAGACGAGGGCACUACAACCAAUCCAAAGUCGCCAAUCAGAUGGGAAUAAUUGGAGAGAAAUUAGAUAUAGACUUUGUGAUAUCAACGGGUGAUAACUUUUACGAAAAUGGUCUGACUGGUGUGGAUGACCCUGAUUUUCAAGAUUCCUUUACCAAUAUCUACACAGCUCCCAGCUUACAAAAACAGUGGUACUCUGUUCUGGGGAAUCAUGACUACAGGGGUAAUGUGGAGGCACAACUUAGUCCAAUCCUUCGAAAAUUGGACAGCAAAUGGCUUUGUUUGAGAUCUUUUAUUGUUGACACAGAAAUUGCAGAGUUCUUCUUUGUAGAUACUACUCCUUUUGUUGACACAUACUACUUACGUCCAAAGGAAAGUGUGUAUGAUUGGAAUGGCAUUCUACCCCGAAAGGAUUACCUUUCUAAUCUCUUGAAGGAGGUGGAUUCAGCACUAAAAGAGUCAACAGCGAAAUGGAAGAUCGUAGUGGGUCACCAUACGAUAAGAAGCGCUUCACAACAAGGCAACACCCGCGAAAUUGAAAUCCACCUUCUCCCAAUUCUCCUGGAAAACAAUGUGGAUGUUUACAUGAACGGGCAUGACCACUGCUUACAACAUAUCACUAGCGUAGACAGUCCAAUCCAAUUUUUAACAAGUGGAGGAGGAUCAAAGGCGUGGAGAGGAGAUAUAAGUUGGUGGAAUCCAGAUGAGAUGAAGUUCUAUUACGAUGGCCAAGGAUUCAUGUCGGCACACUUCACUCCAACCCAAUUACACUUUCAAUUUUAUGAUAUUUUUGGCAAUGUUUUGCAUAAAUCGACCACUUUCAAACCACUUUACCACUCUGCCAUCUCAAUCUGAUCUCACUGCUCAUCCUUAUUAUCCUUAUUAUUGUAAAUUGUAUUUAUAAUCAUUAUUAUAUAUUAUGCCUAUAUAUAUAGGCAUUUCAUUUCUGUUAUGGAAAAUUGAAAAAGUUGAACUUAUUUCUAACUAUUUUUGUACUCGUAAUAUAUACGUUAUUGUUAGAUUA